AUCACAUGACACAGUGACAUCACAGGUGCUCUUUUCCCCACUAGGAACUAGCAUCGCACGGAGGGGUGGGGCGGGGUCUUGUCAUUUCCUUGUGCUCCUGAGCUUCCUAUGAAUGAGUUUCCCUGAACAGUCUGAGGCCACAGCUAAGUGACUGCACGGAGUGUGAGCAUGUCUCCGGAUGAGCUGACCUAUCUCGCUAUCCUGCUCUGUUCCGCACCACUUGGAUUUCUCUUCAAGAAUGGAAGCCCACAAGUCAAACAGCGGGGAUCAGCGGCAGUUGGAUUGGCCCUUACACUGAUUACCUGUCACAUCCACACCCUGCAUUCUGUCAUCGCUAUCCUGGGUACAUGGCUCAUCAUAAAAAUAACCCCAAGAGCCUGCCACUUCCCCACGCUGGGCUGGACCUUCGCCUACCUGCUCUUCUUCAGGACAGUAACGUACUUUGAUCUUCCAGCACCAACCCCAUUUACUAAUGCAGUUCAGCUUCUUUUAACAUUAAAGCUGGUGAGUUUAGCAAAUGAAGUGCAGGACUUUUACCGAACAAAGAAACAGGAGGUGGCGUCGUUUUCAAAGUCUUCGGUGAUCAGCACGAUUCCCAGCGUUCCCAGUCUGCGGGAAAUGUUUUACUACAGCUACUGUUACAUCGGAUUGAUGACGGGUCCCUUUUAUCGCUACAAGACCUACUAUGACUGGCUGCACCAAAUAGACUCCCUUUCUAUCCCAAGCUGGAAGCCACUGGUAACCAGGCUUAAACCAGCUCCAGUUUUUGGAGUCCUGUUUCUUAUAGCUUCCAAGUACUUCCCUCUGGAAUAUGUGAAGACUGACGAUUUCUAUGAGCAGGCUUUCCUGUAUCGUCUCUUCUAUAUGGUCCCCACCUUCUUCAUCUUCCGUAUGCGAUUCUACGUAGCCUGGAUAUUCGCUGAAUGUGGCUGUAUUGCCGCUGCAUUUGGAGCUUAUCCUGUUACAGCGAAAUCACGGCCUGGAGGAGGGCCAACUGUGGAAUAUUCUCCAUUAGAAAGAAACCCUGAUGGUGCCAAAGUGGAACUGGAGUACGACUAUGAGACAAUAAAGAACAUUGACUCCUACGGGGCAGAUUUCUGUGUUAAAGUGAAGGAUGGGAUGCGGUGCUGGAACAUGAGCGUACAGUGGUGGCUGGCACAAUAUAUAUAUAAAAAUUCUCCUGUUAAAUCCUUUGUAUUUGGGAGUGCAUGGACCAUGCUUAUAAGCGCCUACUGGCAUGGAAUCCACCCUGGAUAUUACAUGAGCUUCCUGACCAUUCCAUUAUGCUUGGCAGCAGAGGGGGCCAUGGAGGCUGGCCUGAGGCGUCAUAUGUCCGAUUCUGGAAAGCUGAUGUUUGAUUGGGUCCACUGGUUCCUUAAGAUGAGAGCUUAUGACUACAUGUGCAUGGGGUUUGUGUUGCUGACCUUCACCGAUACCUACCGCUACUGGCAGUCCAUCUACUUCUCAGUGCAUGUUGUGGCUAUAAGCUUACUGAUUCUGGGUCGAGUGCUGGCACUAAAGUCUCCUCGAAGCCCAAGAAACACGAAGGAGGAGAAAGCCGAGACCAAACAAGAAAACAGGCUCCAAGAAUAAAGACAGUUCUAGAUUCAGUCAAAGUACCUGGAUCCUCCUGCCAACCAUAGAGAACCCUGUGACUUGUGCUAAACUGGAUCUGUACAGCCCUUUCCCACUAUCUUCUUCAGGUUCUGGAAUGUAAAAGACAGCUCAUCUAUUCUGCCUACAGGAAUAAGGUCUGGUCUUACUGUGUAUUGUGAGCUUCCCUCAGAUAGCUCUUUUUGUGCUUCCUUGGAACACCUAAUGAAGUCACAUGGCUACGGUCCCGGCUUUCAGUACAUCAAGAUUUUAAAGGAGAAUGUCAAAAUUUAAAAAGCAUACUGCCCAAUAGUCCUCCUAUUGUUUAGUAAAAAGCCACACUUUUGGCUCACCUAAUCAUAUAUUUACUCAGUCACACAUUUUCUAGAACAGGCAGCCAUCUCUAAAAAGGUAUUCUCCCUUCCUUUCCCUCCUUGCUUCAUACUGCACAUAUGUUUCAUUCCCUCCCCCCCUCCCCUCUGCCAGAUCCGCUUCUGAUUGGCUGGUGGGCAUGUGUAGCUCAGAACAGGAGACAGGAUCAAGUUACACACAUGCUCAGAGAAUAGGAAGGCUGCUGCUGGCACCUACAGGAAGGGGAGAGAGAUUUCAGUGAUGUCACUGUAGGCUUCACACUGCUGUAGGCUGCCAGCACCAUAUCUCAGAGAGGCAAGCAGGGAUCUGGGAAUUUAGAUAUGCAGUAAGUACUUAAAAAGAAUGCCUUUAGACUUACUUUUAAUUUAUAUUAACCUUUCCUUGUCCUUUUGCACUGCCUGCAUUAUAUAUAUAUUGGGAAAUGUAGUUUGUUUACUUGGUCCAUAAGGUUGGCAUUUUAUCAGCCUUAAAGAUUCAUUUCUGUCAUGUGCUGCUGGUCUCUCAUACAGCAAGGUGUUGGCUGGAACAGCACCAAUAGGGCUUUCUGUACCAAUACUACAUCUAUGGUGAAUCUGGGACACUCCCCUUGUUUUUGACCUGCCUCUUCCAGCAGUCCUAACAUAUCAAUAGAAAGCCAGAUUCUAGAAACUACAUAUGGAAUUCCCAAUGAAACCCAUUAACAAAAAAGUGAUCGCUUAUGGUUUAAGGAAUUGGCAUUGUGCUGUAGAUUCAUUUGUAUCAUGGUUUACCAUUUGCAUUUACUUGUGCGUAUCCAUUAUCAACAGCGGGAAUCAUUCAUUAUAUCAGGAAUUGUAUGAAGUUUCUAAAAUAACAAUAACAACAAAAAAUAUAAUUAUGUUUAGCCCUAGCACCUACAUCACAUCUAUUUAUUAUCAAUUUAAAUUGACUUAUGCUGUACUGUAUCGUGCUUAAUUUUGGUCUGGACUGAGAAAUUUGGUCUGGCCUUAAAAUAGGCCCUGGCAUUUCAAGUACAGAGAGGCCCAAACCCCCCCCACCAGCCCAAUAAAUAGUGACUGUCUAUGGCAUCUUACAGCAGCCCCUCUGGCAUUUGCCAGAACCCACAGAUUGCUAGUCCGGGCCUGUGUUUAAUCACUGUAUGGCCUGUAGCACUAACCCUGCCCAGUAAGGCUCAGAGCCAAUGUUUUCAAUAAAACAUAUUUAUUGCCAAAGAUCCCAACACUGAAAGAAAUACAGAUAUUUAUAUAUUUCUAUUUAAACAUUAAGGGCCCUGUUUAUAAAUUGUUGAAAUACAUUUAAAUGCUAUUAAAAACAUUUUAGGGUGAGGCAGAAAAAAAGAAUCCAAAAAAUCUUUGAAUCAAUGGAAAUGUAAAAUAGUUUUAAUUGCUAUGGCUAUAUUAUGUCUUUUCUCUUCUUGUGCCAAAAAACAGUUCUUUAUCCUUCAGAGUGGCCGUUGCAAAUUCUGAAAUAAAGAACAGAUUUUACAUUCACCAAAACAUCGAAUUUUUUGUAUAUAUAAACUAACGCUUGGCACAUUGGUUCAAUUAGUAAUACAGGUUCUUUUUUUGGGGAGGGGAGUAAAUAAUACUUAAGCUAACAAAAUAAGGGCAAUAGUAAAAAAAAAAAAGAAUUGCCAAAAGUAACUGUUAUUGACACUUAUAGGCCCCAUAAUCUUUAAGCCUGUUAGUGCCAUCAAAUAUAAAACGUAAAAAAAGACAAUAGUUGCAGCAUCAUAGAUUGUAGAUUUCUGGUUAGGUUUUCAGUCUGCACCGGCAUAUGUUUGCACGGCAACGCACAGCAUAGAGCCAAGAGCCAACCGCGUCCUGCAACAGCCGAAACGUUUCAAAUUCCCUACAAAGAGAGGUGAUAGUAAGUGAUUUUUCCCAAACAGCUGGAUGCAACUUUAGCACAAAAGGGCAUCGUUAUGGUUUAUUUAGCCUUUAUUAAUUAGUUAUUAAUCCAGGGAGCAAUCCAGUUAGCAUUUUGGGGGUUAGGAAAGAACUUUAUCCUAUCUGUGAGGCUGAUUAGCAAUGCCCAUUUAUACCAGAAAUCCAUCCAAGCUGUUUUGGAAAUAUUACUCAUUAUCGCCUCUCUUUGUAUGGAAUGGAAAUGCUUAAGCCCUUGCAGGGCGCAGUUGGCUCUUUGCUUUAUGCUGUGCGUUACAUAGUUACAUUAGGUUGAAAAAAGUCCAUCAAGUUCAACCCUUCCAAGUAAACCCAGCGUUGCUGUGUGUACAUAUGCCAGCGCAGACUGAAAAGCAAAUUUUCGGCCAGAUAUUGAUCAUUCAGGUUGGCACCAUACAUGGGCCAGUAAGCUGCUGACUCUGUCCAGAAGGUCCACCAGCUUUUAUUGGCCUCUGUAUGGCCACCUUACGGGUGAAGACACAUGGUGCGAUUAGUCACAGUGGCUAUGAUCGCGGUGAUUAAGCACCGCAUUUUAGCUGCCAUAGACUAAUGUACAAGUAAUGUUAAAAAGUUGUGGCAACUAAUUGCCCCAUGUGUCUUUGUCCUAAGUCUCCACAAUCAAUCGAGCCUCUGGCAGGUCAAAAUAAGAGUAAAGUAAAUUAAAUAGUAGGGAAGUGAGGGGGUUUGUUUAUUCAGAACUCCUUAUCUCCCUUUGAACAAAUAAGCCUGUUUAUAGCCGUGAAAAACAACCCCAGUUUUACAUUAGUGCUUUAUAAUGGCAAAAAAAUAGCAAAAUAAGGAUUUUUUUAAAUUAAAAAAUGGGCUGAAUAGAUUUCCAACACAAGUCAUAUUCACUGGGUUUUAAAAAGGUGCAUAAUGCAUCUUAAAGCUUGUUAUAUUCUGUAAUAGCACCCAGAGAAAUGCCUUGUGAAUUCUCAUAACAGGCUUUUUAUUUGUGGGGUUAUCCCUCAAGGCAUUAAUCUCAUUUUAAAGAUGAUAUUAAUAUGGCUUCCAAUUUGGAAACAUUUUCCAGAAGCCUUCUGAUUGGUGACAUUACAGUGCAUCCCAGUGCCCACUAAGCUACUGAAAGAUAUAAAUAAUGAAAAAGGGACGAUUUAUGUGACAGAAGAUAACACCACACAAUUUAAACCUAUGUAAAGGCUACUAAAGGGAAUUUUAACAUUCAGUGAUGUAAUGGCUGUAAAGAUUUGAACACCGGAUGUCUCCAGGGGUGCCAUGAAACUAGCUAGUAUAUAUCCUAGACCAACUGCAAAGUUGCUGAGAUAAUUAUAGUUUAUGGGGCACUAAGGGGGCAGACUUAUAGAAUAUUGAACUGGGGCAUCCUAAGGGAUUUCCAGCUUUAAUAGUCUGCCCAUUGCUUAGCUCAGCAGCACCACGUGUUCCGAUGCACAUCCCAUGGGGGAGGAAGAAAUCUCUUCUAUCAUUACCACUGGAUAAAUCAGGCCCCAUAAAUCCAUAAGUUUACAUUAGAUGAACUUUCACUUGUAACGUUUUUUUCUCUAAAUAUGAAACCUGUAGCACUGGCUGAUGGGUAGUUGCAAGAUGUUGACAGCCACAGAUCCCUUUAGAACAUAUCAACAGGUCGUUCUGAACUCCUCAAGAUAUGGCAAAAAUAAAUCCGGAAACGGCACUUUUCUCCUGUUGUUUGUUUUGUAAAAUAACCAGUAUGUACUAUUGCCCUGCAGCAGAAUAACUGCCAUCAUUAUGAAAGGCAUCAGCAUUACUUUUAGUAAAUCCAGUCCUGUUUUUUCCAGAUGUCAUAUUUUGGUAAAUUUUUGAUAUGUUCUAGAAGUGAACCUGAAAACCGCUGUGCUUUAGUAUUGCUGUUGGAUAGAUGGACAUAAAAUAGGGACUUCAGACACUGUGACCUUCCACUAUUCUCCUCUUCUGAGCUGCUAAUUUGUUCAUGUGCCCACGACAGACAAACCAAAUGCUGCAUAGGUUUUGCUGGCCACAAAAGGAAGGUGCAAUCUGUUUAUCAAGGCAAUGUGAGCGGUACCAAGAGACAUAUAUGUCAAGAACUGGUGAUACCACAGGAUUUUUUCUUGCAAAAGUACAUUUUAUAUUAAAAAAGUGUAUUUUGACUUGU